AGAUCGCUGAAAAAUCCCCUCUCCACUGCGUUUCACAUUGAAAUUGAAGAGCCGGCAGCUACGGGUUAAGAGCCGAAUUUCGAUUUACUUCAUUGUCAGCUUCGCAGCAAUCAACAAGCAACAUGGACUUCCUGGGAAAGAAAUACAAGCUGGAGAAGAGCGAAAACUUCGAUGAGUACAUGAAGGCACUUGGCGUCGGUCUGGUGACCCGCAAGAUGGGCAACGCCGUCUCGCCGACGGUUGAGCUGCUGCAGGAAGGCGACACGUUCACUCUGCGCACCACCUCCACUUUCAAGAACACCGAGAUCAAGUUCAAGAACAACGAGGAGAUCGACGAGGAGACCGCCGACGGCCGCAAGUGCAAGUCUUUGCUGACCCUCGAAGGCAACAAGCUGACCCAGGUGCAGAGGAACGUCAAGGAGGGUGAGAAGGAAACCGUCAUCGUCAGAGAGUGGAGCGCCGAUGAAUUGAAGACGACCCUUACAGUUGGUGACAUCGUUUGCGUCAGGGACUACAAGGUGGUUGCCUAAGCGUCCCCCCAAAAGUACAAGCUUCUUUGUACGCCGAUGACAAAACUAAUAAACUAAUGCAUCACCCAUCCUUGUGAUAAUAUAACAAAAGAA